AUGACAUUGUCCUGCCCGGCCGCUUUGCCACCACGAGUGCCGUCUACCACGUCGAAUAUGCACGUAACAGCAUCAGAUAUCAGUCUCUUUAGUCGUUCUGAUGACGAAGGUGCAAAUUUGGACGAAGAGGACGCAAUAACAGUCGAAGAUGAGCAAUUAGCGGCCCGGACACUUGCGAGUGAACAACAGAAUGGCGACGAAGAUAAAACGCUCGGUCUGGAGCUGCUAGAGGCACUACGUCUUGGUAUGAGCAACUUUUUGUUAGCGUACAAUACACGUGCGGGUAUUUCAGUGUUGUUACGAGUGCUUAAGUUGCUGCAACGACAUGACUGGAAGACAGCGACGAACUUGCAGCAACUAUUGGACGAGAAGCACUUGAAUUUUCGAGUAGACGCUGUAAGACUUGGUCUCUUUAUGGGAUGGUUUACCGGAGGUUUUAGGGCAUUAAAAGCAUUAUUACCUGUACUUUUGCGACGAGUUUUGACCCGAAAAAAGCUUCAGGAUGACAAGAAAUUAAAGGAGAUCACGGUAUUUGGAUCUGGAGCUAUUGCGGCUAUGGCCCUGGCAUUUGUGGACGCUAAACGACGACGGUCCUUGGCGUUGUAUGCUCUAACUCGAGCAUUACAAUGUGGCUACAAUACGGCGAAGAGACAGCAAUGCUGGCACUUUUGGGGAAGUGAUUGGCAGUAUGGUGAUGCACUGCUCUUUGCACUCUCAAGUGCGCAAGUCAUGUACGCUUAUGUCAUGAGGCCAAAGACUCUACCGUCCGAGUACUUCAGAUUUAUUCAGCAAACAGGGCCGGUGGAAAUGGAGACAUUGGAACUUGUACAGCAGGUAAACCGAGGAGCUCCUGUGAGUACCGCUACUCUUCAAAAGUUGUUGAAUCGAAAACCAAACAUCCCCAGGAACUUUCCUUUACCGGCGGAUAUCGUUCCAUGCAGACUUGUACAUGCAAAUGCAGACUCGUGUGUGAUGGGCACGAUGUUGUGUUUCAAACGCGCCUUUCAAAAGAAUUUCCCGCUCUACCUGUCACUCUUUAUCGUGCCAGGCGUAGUUAUUCACUUUAAACGCUUCUUGCGUUCUCCAUUUCGAACUCUUGCGCGCUCGACACUUCAUGCGACGCGAUCCAAUUGCUUCCUAGCGUCCUUCGUGUCUCUCUAUUUGUCACUGGUUUGCUUGCAUCGCCGCGUCGUCAGUAAAGAUCACCGGUUUUUCUAUUAUUUGGCCGGACUUGGAGCUUCGACGACAAUUCUUCUGGAACCGAAAAGCCGACGCUCUGAGUUGGCUUUGUAUGUAUUGCCUCGUGCUCUUGACAGCUUGGCAAUGAUCUUGAACGACCGCCGAAUCUGCUCAGGCUUCAAAUAUGGCGAAGUGGCUCUCUUUUCUGCUUCGAUGGCAGUGAUGAUGUACUGUUACGAGCAUGAGAAAGAGUCCAUGAGCCUCUUCCUGUACAGUAUUAUGAAGCGCUUCUUGCAGACAUCGACCGACAAGAAGCAAUUGUAUGUAGCAUGUCUUGAGAAGAAAGAGAGACGCCAUUCGCAGUCAAUUGCACAGACUUCAACAGCUUCUGGAUCCGCUUGA